UGUUGGUCUCUAGAUUUGACAAAGGAAACUUACACAUAUUAAAUGAAUGGAUUUAAUUUUUCUGUCUCUCGUUUUCAAACUUCAUGACUUUGUGAUUUUCAAAGUCAAAGGAACACAUUGCUGGAUUGAUUGUCAUGUUUUUAUUGUUUGCUAGUCUUCUUGUGUUAUGCUAUAACCAAAUUGGUCGAUGACCACAUGACUUAAGAAAAUUCCAUGCUUGAGAAGAUUGACUCAAAGAUAAAGUCAUUGCAGCUAUAUAAUCUAAUAGCUUCUCAUAAGAAGACAUUGCAUAUUGAACCAGUUAGGCAGUGACCAUUCAAAUCUUUCUGUUCAGAGUGAAGGUCACUGUUGAUAUCUUCAAUGGAUUCACCAACUGAUAAAGAUAUGGAAAAAAAGAUGGAUGAGGGAAACUUGUCACCUUCAUAUGAUCAACCACCAUAUGCAUACAAAGUUGCAAUUCCUCCAAAACAGAACUUAUUCAAGGAAUUUCAAUACACUGUAAAAGAAACAUUAUUUGCUGAUGAUCCUCUAAGAUCUUUCAAAGACCAAACUAAAUCAAGAAAGUUACUCCUUGGUAUUGAGUUCAUAUUUCCUAUACUUAAUUGGGGGAGAAGUUAUAAUCUUAAAAAAUUUAGGGGAGAUAUUAUAGCUGGUCUCACUAUUGCAAGUCUUUGCAUACCUCAGGAUAUUGGAUAUUCCAAGCUUGCACAUUUGGCUCCACAGUAUGGACUGUAUUCAAGCUUUGUUCCACCAUUGAUUUAUGCUUUCAUGGGUAGUUCUCGCGAUAUAGCAAUAGGACCAGUGGCAGUGGUUUCUCUCUUGUUGGGGACAUUGCUUAGUAAUGAGAUUGAUCCUGUUACACAUGCAGCAGAAUAUCAAAGACUUGCUUUUACAGCCACAUUUUUUGCUGGGAUUACACAAGCAACACUCGGGGUUUUUAGGUUAGGUUUCUUGAUUGAUUUUCUAUCCCAUGCUGCUAUUGUUGGUUUUAUGGGGGGUGCUGCUAUCACUAUUGCCCUUCAACAGCUAAAAGGUUUUCUCGGCAUUAAAACUAAAAAUUUCACAACAAAAACAGAUAUUGUUAAUGUGUUGCGUGCAGUAUUCUCAUCAGCCGAACAUGGAUGGAACUGGCAAACAAUAUUAAUCGGAGCUAGCUUUUUGAGUUUUCUUCUGGUCGCCAAAUUUAUUGGAAAGAAGAACAAGAAACUCUUCUGGGUGCCAGCGAUUGCGCCAUUGAUAUCCGUUGUGUUGUCCACUUUUUUUGUAUUCAUAACACGUGCAGAUAAGCAAGGAGUCGAAAUUGUAAAUCACAUAGAGAAAGGGAUCAACCCUUCAUCUGUUCAUAAAAUUUAUUUUACCGGUGACUACCUUGGGAAAGGUUUUAAAAUCGGCGUCACGGCAGGCAUGAUAGCACUAACUGAAGCCAUAGCUAUUGGAAGAACAUUUGCAUCUAUGAAGGAUUAUCAAUUGGAUGGAAACAGAGAAAUGGUGGCAUUAGGAACAAUGAAUGUCGUUGGUUCGAUGACCUCCUGUUAUGUGGCAACUGGUUCUUUCUCUCGGUCGGCAGUAAACUACAUGGCUGGCUGCCAAACUGCAGUCUCCAAUAUUGUGAUGUCAGCGGUUGUGUUUUUAACACUAGAAUUUAUAACUCCUCUUUUUAAGUACACUCCGAAUGCCAUUCUCGCCUCCAUCAUCAUUUCUGCUGUCAUCAGCCUUGUGGACUAUCAGGCAGCAAUUUUGAUUUGGAAGAUUGAUAAAUUCGAUUUUGUUGCUUGCAUGGGAGCAUUCUUUGGGGUUGUUUUCAUCUCGGUCGAGAUAGGACUUCUAAUUGCUGUUUCAAUAUCUUUUGCAAAGAUCCUCUUACAAGUGACAAGGCCAAGAACUGCUAUUUUGGGAAAGAUUCCUAGGACAACUGUCUAUAGAAACAUCCAACAAUACCCUGAAGCUAGUAAGGUUCCUGGUGUAAUGAUUGUAAGAGUUGAUUCUGCAAUAUAUUUUUCCAACUCCAACUAUGUUAAAGAAAGGAUAUUAAGAUGGCUAACAGAUGAAGAAGCAGUGAAAGGAGACUACCAUACAAGAAUUCAGUUUUUGAUAGUUGAAAUGUCACCUGUUACUGACAUAGAUACCAGUGGCAUCCAAGCCUUUGAAGAGUUACAUAAAAGUCUUGAGAAAAGAGGUGUUCAGCUUGUUCUGGCAAAUCCUGGUUCAGCAGUGACAGACAAACUUUACACAUCAAAUUUUGCUAACAUAAUUGGAGAGGACAAGAUUUUCCUCACUGUUGCAGAAGCUGUUGCAUAUUGUUCUCCAAAGCUAGAUGUGAACCCAUGAAAAAUUCAGUUAGGAGAGAAAAUUGGAAUGUGAGAAUGAUGAAAUGGACAAUAUACUGUAGCAUAGUAGUUGUAGUAGAUUGUAGCAAAGUCAAAAAGGGUGAAAGAUACUAACUAAAGAUGAGAUAUGAUAUGAUAUCACUAACAAAAAGUUAGUGAAAAGGGGACUAUAUUAUAUUAGUGCUACAGGGAUUCUUAUCCUAAAGUGAGGAAAUGAAAUUAAAGAAAAUAAAAGAAAUGUAAAAGGUGCAUCAGUUGUGCACUCACAAUAAUCAUUAGUUAGUCCCCUAGUUUUGUCUUUGAUAUA